AUGCCAAAUUACGCGCGUCGUUGUUUUAAUUGGAGCACCACCAUUUGUGUGCAAAGCAAAGGAAGCCAUCCGAAGUUAACCCCUAAACCCCCCACCUAUUCCCCCCUCGCCUUACCUCCACAUACCCCUGUGCUCUUCCUUGGACUGUACGGCAGAUACGUGGGCAUUCGCUCCCUGGAGCCCGUGGGUGUGUUUCUCCCCGGUGACCAGAAUUACCCGGGAGGCGGCCCCUUCGACCCACUCAACUACGCGGCGGAUGCUGACGGCUUCGUGGACCAGGCAGUCCGGGAGAUAAAGAACGGGCGGCUGGCGAUGGUGGCAAUGUUGGGGUUAUUCGUACAGGCAGCCGUUACGAAAAAGGGUCCUGUAGAGAACGUCAUGGAGUUCGUCUCAGAUCCAGCUGGGGAGAACAUCUUCACCAAUGUCGCACGGCUGCUAUCAGGCGACGGUUAUUAG